AUGGCAACCGGCAGGCCCGGCGCGCGGAUUGGCGAGGUGGCCUGCGGGGGCGAGAAGCGGCCGGCGGGCCGGGUGGACGAGGGGGCGGGGUGGGCUCUCUGGGCCGCGCCUGCCUCUGCAGGCGAGCUGGUGGGGGAGGGGGCGAUUGGAAACAGGGCUGCCGUCCUAGGGAUGGGAGUGUCCGGGGUGGAGGACAUCUGUAGAGUGUGCCGCUCGGAAGGGACCCCGGAGAAGCCCCUGUAUCACCCUUGUGUCUGCACUGGCAGUAUUAAGUUCAUCCACCAAGAAUGCUUGGUCCAGUGGCUGAAGCACAGCAGGAAAGAGUACUGUGAGCUGUGCAAACACAGAUUCGCCUUCACACCAAUUUACUCCCCAGAUAUGCCCUCUCGGCUUCCCAUUCAGGACAUCUUUGCUGGACUGGUGACGAGUAUUGGCACUGCGAUUCGCUACUGGUUCCACUACACACUGGUGGCCUUUGCCUGGCUGGGAGUCGUCCCACUCACUGCCUGCCGCAUCUACAAGUGCUUGUUCACCGGCUCUGUGAGCUCCCUGCUGACCCUGCCACUCGACAUGCUGUCCACGGAGAACCUGCUGGCCGACUGCCUGCAGGGCUGCUUCGUGGUCACCUGCACGCUCUGCGCCUUCAUCAGCCUGGUGUGGCUGCGUGAGCAGAUCGUCCAUGGGGGUGCUCCCAUCUGGUUGGAACACGCAGCGCCCCCCUUCAACGCUGCAGGGCACCACCAGCACGAGGCGCCAGCAGGAGGGAAUGGAGCCGAGAACGGUGCCGCCCCCGACCAACCAGCCAACCCACCCGCUGAUAACAACGCAGUGGUGGGGGAGAACCCUGAUGCUCAGGAUGGGCAGGCCGAGGAGGAGGGGGAUGAGGAGGAAGACGAUGCUGGUGUGGAGGACGCCGCCGAGGCCAACAACGGGGCCCCUGACGACAUGAACUGGAAUGCCCUGGAGUGGGACCGUGCUGCCGAGGAGCUCACAUGGGAGAGGAUGCUGGGACUCGAUGGGUCGCUGGUAUUCCUGGAGCACGUCUUCUGGGUGGUGUCUCUGAACACGCUGUUCAUCCUCGUGUUUGCCUUUUGUCCUUACCACAUUGGUCACUUCUCCCUGGUUGGUCUGGGAUUUGAAGAGCACGUCCAGGCGUCUCACUUCGAGGGUCUGAUCACCACCAUUGUGGGGUACAUCCUCUUGGCGAUCACCCUGAUUAUCUGCCACGGCUUGGCAACUCUGGUGAAAUUCCACCGAUCCCGCCGCUUGCUGGGCGUCUGCUACAUUGUGGUCAAGGUCUCGCUGCUGGUGGUGGUAGAGAUUGGUGUGUUCCCGCUCAUCUGCGGCUGGUGGCUGGACAUCUGCUCCCUGGAAAUGUUUGACGCCACCCUGAAGGACCGGGAGCUGAGCUUCCAGUCGGCGCCUGGCACCACCAUGUUCCUGCACUGGCUGGUGGGCAUGGUCUAUGUGUUCUACUUUGCCUCCUUCAUCCUGCUGCUCAGAGAGGUUCUGCGGCCCGGGGUCCUAUGGUUUCUGAGGAACCUGAAUGACCCAGACUUCAACCCUGUGCAGGAGAUGAUCCACCUGCCCAUCCACCGGCAUCUGCGCAGGUUCAUCCUGUCCGUGAUUGUCUUUGGCUCCAUUGUGCUGCUGAUGCUCUGGCUGCCCGUACGCAUCAUCAAGAGCCUGCUGCCCCGCUUCCUGCCCUACAACGUCAUGCUGUACAGUGACGCCCCCGUGAGCGAGCUGUCGCUGGAGCUGCUGCUGCUGCAGGUGAUCCUGCCGGCACUGCUGGAGCAGGGCCACACCCGGCAGUGGCUCAAGGGCCUCGUGCGGGCCUGGACGGUUGCUGCUGGCCACUCACUGGACCUGCACUCCUACCUUUUGGGGGACCAGGAGGAGAGUGAGCACAGCGCCAACCCGCCGGGGAACCACAACCAGCACGCGCGCAACAAUGCUGUUCCCGUGGGCGGGGAGGGGCUGCACGCCGCCCACCAGGCCAUCCUGCAGCAAGGCGGGCCUGUUGGCUUCCAGCCCUACCGCCGGCCCCUCAACUUCCCACUCAGGAUCUUCCUGCUGAUUGUCUGCAUGUGCGUGACCCUGCUGCUCGCCAGCCUCGUCUGCCUUACCCUCCCAGUGUUUGCUGGCCGCUGGCUGAUGUCCUUUUGGACGGGGACCGCCAAGAUCCACGAGCUCUACACAGCGGCGUGCGGCCUCUAUGUCUGCUGGCUGACCAUCAGGGCCGUGACUGUGCUGCUGGCGUGGACGCCGCAGGGGCGCAGAGUAAUCUUCCAGAAGGUCAAGGAGUGGUCUCUCAUGAUCAUGAAGACCCUGGUCGUCGCGCUGCUGCUGGCGGGCGUCGUCCCCCUCCUCCUGGGGCUCCUGUUCGAGCUGGUCAUCGUUGCUCCUUUGAGGGUCCCCUUGGACCAGACCCCUCUUUUUUACCCCUGGCAGGACUGGGCGCUGGGGGUCCUGCAUGCCAAGAUCAUCGCAGCCAUCACCCUCAUGGGUCCUCAGUGGUGGCUGAAGACAGUCAUUGAGCAGGUGUACGCCAACGGCAUCCGCAACAUCGACCUGCACUACAUCAUCCGCAAGCUGGCGGCCCCCGUCAUCUGUGUGCUCCUGCUCUCCCUGUGUGUGCCCUACGUCAUCGCGGCGGGCGUCGUGCCACUGCUUGGUGUCACGGAGGAGAUGCAGAACCUGGUGCAGCGGCGCAUCUACCCCUUCCUGCUGAUGGUCGCCGUCCUGGCGGGCAUCCUGUCCUUCCAGGUCCGCCAGUUCAAGCGCCUCUAUGAGCACAUUAAAAACGACAAGUACCUUGUGGGUCAGCGGCUCGUGAACUAUGAGCGGAAGUCAGGCAAGCCGGGCACCUCGCCGCCCCCACCACCACCCUCGCAGGAAUAAGUGCCGUCCCAGCUCCUGCCCCAGCCUCUCUGUGCCCUCUCCUGUGGACUGCUCCCUGUGGAGACCUGCGGUGGCAGUUGUGUGUGCUCGCCAAGCCCUCUCAGCCCGAGGAGCGGCCACUGCGCCCCCUCACCUGGACGCCACACUGCGGCUGUGGGUGCCAGCUAGGGCCUCCUGGACCAGCGCGGCGCAGCCAGCGUGCACCCCCAACAGUGUCUAUUAAUUUAUUAAACCCAGUGUCACUUUACGUGGACCUGCUGUGAUCUUGACAGGAGCGUGCCAAGCAGCGUGUGGGGGAGCGGCGUCCUCAGCCGCACAUCACCGCCAGUGUCGGGAAGUUGUUUGUAUGACACCAAAGUUGUUGUACAUUUUCUACUGCCUGAUGUUUUCCAUGUGUCGUGUUUGUAAUACUGUAUAGUGUCUUGUGCUAGGUGAGGAGAUUAUUUUUGAUUUUGAUAAUUUGAUAUUCCUGUGAUCAGCAUUGGGAGUCGGGUUCCUUGCUUGUUGGGGCGUGUUCAUGCUUAGAAGAAAGAGACGUCCGGGGCAAGGUCAUCAGUGCCCCUCCCCGCUGCCUUUUCUCCCUUGGGCAGCAGUAGCCAGAAAUCCUACAGGGUCACUGUGCCGUGAUGGCGUCUGGCCCGCUGGCCACGCGUCAUGGUGUUCCAUCUGUGAAUCCCAACGUUUCCAAAGCUUUCGUUUACAGAAUAAAGCUGCAAAUCAAAUCUUC